GAACAGAAGAGGCCAGCUUCUCAGGAAGUGGGAAGAGAGCACAGGACUAGCCGCUCAGACAGAGAAGAUCGAGAAAUGGGCAUGUCCGAAUCAUGAUUGCGUCAUGGACUUUCUCUUGGCAAAAGAAAAAAACGAAAUUCUAGUAGACUUGGUGGAUGCUUUUGGAGUGCGAGGAGGAGGAGGAGGUGAUGAGGUUGGUGAUGAACACGAAAGAAUCUCAAGGAACCAAAGUAGUCCCGCACAAGCGGACGUAAUCCUUCGACCACAAGAAGGUUGGUCUUCACCUUCAUCAAGCAGUAGCACCAACAGAAGUAGAAUUGGUGGUGGUAGUAACGCUUCAAGCAGGUGGACGCCCAGCGACAAAAGCGCUUUGCGUUUGGCUCUAGAGGAAAUAGAUGAGAAUCCUGAGGAGGAUGACAUUACCCUAGCAUCACGGAUAAUGUGGCGCGCGCUCACUGGUGACGCGGAACCCGUGCCGUGGUGGAUACAAAAGGACCCGGAGACGAGGACUUCGAGCAAAACGAACAAAAAGGACUAUCAAAAGGAGAGCAAUCUGAGCACUUCAAGGAGAUCUGAGCCCUCUUCUAGACCUAGCAGGAGAGGCGAUAGCAAUGAAAAUACCCCAAGAUCAGAAGCCUUUCCUUCUUCAUCUUCAACAAGAAAUACUCUGUCUUCAGGACUUCCAGGUUCAUCAAUCCCAUUCAUCCGCCUCUAUGCUGAUGAUGGGAUGCAGAUGCUCAAUCGAAGUGCAAACGCUGAUCCAUAUGACAACAUUCACGACCCAGCGGCCAUUGCAGCAAGAGCCGAAGACGUGCUGCACAUAUUGCCUGAAUUGUACCAUUGUGAAGGGCCUGACAUCGCAGUAGUAUCUCGGCUUUUCGGAUCAAUGUCGCUGGUGGAUAGAAGGUGUAGCACAGGAAGAAGCGAGAUUGAGCAGGAGAAGUCUAGUGCGUCUGAGUUACCAGAUGCAGAUCAGGUGCAGCAUCGAGUUGUAGAACAACUAAAUGCAACAACAGAAGCACGAGGACAAGCAGCAGCAGAACAAAUACAAGCUUCAGUUGUGACAAACAAGCCUACAACACCCUCAGCAAGCAAGAAGCUCAAGUCGUUGACUUUGAAGGGAAGAAGUAAAUCUUCUGGAGGUCGUCAUCAACAAAUGAAUCCAUCACGAGUUGCAAAAGUGGCGAAGAAGCUGAAAUCUGCAACUACAGCGAGGCGUGCUCUGGUUGUUUGAACGAUUCAAACUACUUUGCUACUUUUGAUCUGGAGGAUUAUACCAGAAAUUAAUUCUGAUCGCAAAUAAAACCUACUUAAGUCCCGUAGUCGGUAGUCCUCGGGACCCUUGUCGAGAUCCUCGAUUGAUCGGUCACCAGUACGUUCUAGUUUUUAGUUCUACUUAGUCAUAUCAACUGUUUUGAUUUUUUGACUUCGUCAUCGUGGUCCGUGCUUCAUUUAUUUUAUUAACCCAAUAAAGAACAUCAGCAUAAGUAUAUUAUCGCUUAAAUAGCGACACUGAAAAACGUCUUAAUUGUUCAUUGGACACACGCGAAACAAGAACAUCUUCAGAAAAUCUAGACUCACAUUUCCGUUGCGAUUUCUUCUAGUUUUGACGUUCUGAACGACUCAUUCAUUUUUCCAACAUCUUCCAUAUCCUAGAACUCGGAUGUCUAAGUAGAUUGAAGACUAAAUCUAAAAAUAGCCCAUCGUUAUAAAUAUAUUUAUAUAAGUACCCAUAAACAAGUCUACUAAGUGAUGGGGGCAGCUCUAUUAUAACAACUAAUCUUCAUCUUUGAUCUCUCAUUUUUAUCCAAAUUGUUGUUGUAGAAUUCAAUUGUGGCAGUUCGAUAUGAUUUUUGUUCUUCCUGACAAGCGUAAUUGUAAUGCUAGGAAACGCACUCUGAACCGACUUCUUAUAAGGUCAACACUUUCAUGGUCUAGUAAGACUGGCAUAUUUAUUAGCAUGAUGAACAACUGAACAAAAAUAACUUCGUUACUCAAAAGACGUGGACUGAGGAGGUCUAGGAACUCCCGGAAAC